AUGGCCACUGGAGACGCGUCCCAACACCCGGUAAAAUCUCCUGCAAAGCUUCGUCCAGCAUAUCCAUCCAAUUUCGACCACGUCAACCACGAUGCUAUACUGCCGGCUGAUCCACAUACAGAGCCAACACUCGGGCAGUUUUCAUUUGCCCCUACAACUCAGACUACGAUCGUGACAACGACGACUACCACAACAACCAACUUUCCACCCUUGGUGAUGCGAGUACCAAGGCUUGUGGACAGUCUUGACCCGAAAGAGUAUCCUCUCGCCAGCGCACCGACCCCAGCAUCGCUCAGAGACAUAAAAUUCAAGCUCAACGGACAAUCCAUUCUUUUUCAUGAGCCUAGUGAUGCAGCUAGCACUCUAGCUGAGCUUUCACGUCGGCAGGAAGACUUAAAUGCUUCAAAUGGAACUAUUAGGUCGAUUAAAACUAUAAUAGAUAAUCCUUCAUUGCGCCCCGAGCCACACACAAUUUCACUGGUGGCACCCCGCCAGUCAGCCACUUUGAAUACUAGACGACGACGCCCGGUUUCUCCUAUACCUUUUGCACCCUCAGAACGAAGAGCAGUAUCUGGCCCGUCACAAUCGGGCAUUAUUUAUGACGCUCCUGUUUCUCAGCUACCUGGACAUAUUUACCAGUCCGUGGCCGGUUUGGCUACACCAGAAACGGAAAACGUCAGUUUUAGCCUCAAUACAGGAAAACAGGAGUCCAAGAAAGUACCUCAAUCGGGUUCUGUGAACAUCCAACGGAAUGAAGAUUCUCCUGCUCCAGUAGAUGAUAAUCGACAAAUCUCUGGUAGUGACGGUGUAGACUCUCCAUUGCUAAACCGGCGUGCUGGAUUGGGCCGUAUGUGCUUUGUACCACCCAUGCCAUCAAGUAUUGACUCACCAGGCCAACCGCGACGCCCACGCCCUGCUAUUUCCAGAUUGGCAGCUGUUGAUCAGAAUAAUGCCGACAUCCCUCUACCGAGUCCAAGGCUAUCCCCAGUAGCUGCUCUAAACACUUCUCAACAAGAAAUCUCCUUUGAUUCAGUAGAAGACCAAACGGACCCAGAUGACCCAGAUUCUGGCGCAGAAAACGAAGCAAAUGCGCGAAAUACAGCUUCCUGUGCAGAGCGUGGUGGAACUCCCUUCUCGCAGCAACUUGAGAAACAAAGGGACGAUGAUGCAUCCCCGCCUGUACUGUCCCUGAUGGACAUUCCAACGAUGUUGAAUUACUUCGAGUCUAUACCUGAUGGCCUCAAAUCAUACGUUAUGUAUCAACUGCUGAGACGGUGCCCCAAGCCGACCUUGCAUCUUGUGGCGGACGUAGUAAACCCUGCCUUGAAAUGCGAUUUCUUGGUUCGCUUGCCCGCAGAACUUAGCCUCAACGUCGUCAAAUUCCUUGAUGUACGAUCUAUGUGCAGGGCCUCUCAGGUUUCCAAAAAGUGGAGACAGAUUAUUGAUUCUGAUGAGAAGACUUGGCGAGACCAUUUUGAUGCCGCUGGCUUUACACUUCCGCAAGAAGAACUUGACAGAGCAAUUUUAGAAGGAUGGGGUUGGCAAUACGCUGAUGAUUGUGAAAGAGACCUCCGGACACCUUCUAGAUGGAAGAAGAGAGGCUCCGAUUUGUCGAAUCGCGAGGUCGCUCGCCGCUCAAGUGACAUCGAAGAAUUGGCGUUUUACCGAAAAUCCAAACGAAAAGCCCCAUCACACUCACCUUCCCGGAAAUCGGCAAAGAAGCAAGCUUUAGAAUGUUGCGUUUCAGACCAAGUCAGAUGCGUCAACUGGCCCCGUGAUUCUAAGAUAGAAGGUCCUCUGAUGGCAGCCAGUGCUGCUGCGUCAGCCAUCCCCUUUCCCGAUAUUGGCCUUCCAAGUCUUCGAAACCUCCAUCUUUACAAGUCCCUUUACCAGAGACAUCACCAAAUACGGAAUGCUUGGAUGGAUUCGGAUGCUACCCCAUUACACCUGGCAUUUCGUGCCCAUGAUCGACAUGUGGUUACGUGUUUGCAGUUCGAUACGGAUAAAAUUUUAACAGGGAGUGAUGAUACUAACAUUCAUGUGUAUGACACGAAAACUGGUACUCUUAGGGGAACUCUUGAAGGACAUGAAGGCGGCGUUUGGGCUUUGGAGUACUAUGGCAGCACCCUAGUCUCCGGGUCAACCGACCGGUCUGUUAGAGUCUGGGAUAUCGACCGCGCCGAGUGCACCCAAGUAUUUCAUGGGCAUACCUCAACAGUUCGAUGUCUAAAGAUUCUGUUACCUACUGAAGUUGGUCAGUUACCAGAUGGAUCUCCGGAAAUAAUGCCAAAGGAGCCCUUAAUCAUUACAGGAUCACGGGAUGCCAGCCUACGGGUUUGGAAGCUCCCACAACCGGGAGACGAGAAAUUCUUUCAGUCUGUCGCCGAUGACCCCUCUUGUCCGUAUUUCAUCCGGGUAAUGACUGGACACGCCCACUCCGUACGUGCCAUAGCAGCACAUGGAGACACACUUGUCAGUGGAAGUUAUGACUGUACAGUACGAGUGUGGAAAAUUUCAACUGGAGAAUCUAUCCAUAGACUGGAGGGCCACAGCUAUAAAGUCUACAGCGUUGCUCUCGAUUAUAAGAGGAACCGAUGUAUCAGUGGCUCCAUGGAUUAUUUAGUCAAGAUUUGGUCAUUGGAAAAUGGGUCACUUUUAUAUAACCUGGAAGGUCAUACUUCUCUUGUCGGCCUUCUUGACCUACAGGCAGACAAACUAGUAUCUGCUGCCGCCGAUUCGACACUCAGAAUUUGGGAUCCCGAAACCGGCAAAUGCAAAAGUACACUCAGCGCACACACAGGUGCUAUUACCUGCUUCGAACAUGACGGUCAGAAGAUUAUUUCAGGUUCGGAUCGUACACUUAAGAUGUGGAAUAUCCAGACGGGAGAAUGGAUGAAAGAUUUACUCACCGGGCUUAGCGGCGUGUGGCAAGUUCUUGACUUUGGUGCAUCGCGAGAUCGAGCCCCUGCAGAGCGUUUGGGAAAAAGAAUCGUAGUCGAUAAAUAUGGUGAAGAAGUACAAGAAAACAAUGAAGAGGGUGAUGAAGGAGAUGGAUCGAAUGAACAGCCCUAG